AACAAUGUACUGCAAGUCGAGUGCAAUAGGGGUGGCGCUAUGUGUCUUAUCAACGUUUUUUAGCUUCACGAGUCUGUUCAAGACUUACCCGUCCACCCCUAUUGCACUCGACUUUCAGUACACUGUGCUGCUUGGGUGGCGUGUUCGGUCCUUUCCCAAAGAACACACGCGGUCCUCAGGACGUCCCUACAGUGUCAUCGUGUACUCGUCCUUCCAUGUUAUCCUCACGACGUCCUGAGCAUAACACUCUCGGACUGUCCGUGAAGAGUCAUUCAGGGCUACCCAGGUUGAAGCCAACGGCACUGACGGCCCAUGGUGAACAGAACUUACUGACGGCGGCAGCGAUAUCACUGCGAUGGCACUCCGACCUUACGUAGCAAUCAUCAUCGUGCAUUUCGUGCACGGACUGCAGACGUACCCGUUCCCUUACCUGACGUACGCACUGCACGACGCGCAGCACGGCCCGCUGCAAAGCAUUAUCAGGCUGGAAGGAACAGGCGACAUUAUCGCCGCCGGAAGAAACGCGCUCUACCGCGACAACCCGGAUCUGGUCGAAACCCAGAUGGCACGCACCGGGCCAGUGGAAGACAACCCAGAAUGCCGUCCUGCCCCAAUGCAAUGCACGAAACCUCGAAAUCUGAGCGAUAAUGACAACAGAAUUUUCUUAGAGCUUCCAUCUCAGCAAGCCGUCCUCGCCUGUGGCACCACGCAGCAGGGUGUCUGUAGCGUUUACGCUUUCAACCUCACUCUCUUGACCAGGGCUGACAUUAAUGAUGUCCACAACUACAUCGCAUCGAGGGAAAGUACAGUCGCGUUCUUUGACAGGGAAAACGGUAACACGCUCUUUGUAGGCUCGUCCUAUGACGGCCGACCGCUGGAUUACUAUCCAUUCACAAUCUCUACGGUGACCAUCAACUACAACGCUCAGAGUGGAUCUCUAGACACGGAGCCAGCGGUGAAAGGUGUGAAGAUUGCGGAUGCACUAUUGACCUCCUACAAAAUGCACUUUGUGCACGGUUUCGUACACAAGGAGCACGCGUACUUCUUGAGCGUCCAGCGUUCUGGUCAGCCUGAAGAGAUGUACAAGACCAGGCUGGGCCGCGUGUGCCGCGAAGAUUCGUCUUUCUUGACGUACAGCGAGAUUCCGUUAAAGUGCGAAGAUCACAACGCAGCUCAAGCUGCAGCAUUUCAUGUUCCGCAGCAACAAGGAAGUGUCGACGAUGACGCGAUGUUAUUUGUCACUUUCGGCACGACAGGAAGAGAGGCUUCCGCCUCUGGUUCUGGAUACGCUAACGACCCCGCAUUGGGAUCGUCCUUGUGCACGUUCAACAUGAUCGAUGUUGCAAGAACGUUCGACGAGGCGAAGACGUUCUGCAACAAGGGGAACAGUUCUGCGAGGAUUCUGCAGUGGCCAAACCGUGACGUUGAGCUCACGUGCAAGGAAAUAGCACCAUCUCCCGGGGAUUUGUGUAGCAUCGAAGGCAACGUUUUAGUCGAAGGACUUGAGCCCUUGUCUGGAAGCCUUGUCUUUAAUAAGAGAGACCUAGUGCUGACAUCAGUUCUAGUUGUUGAAGAACCUAACGAUAAAGCGAUCUGGGCGGGAGACAGCAGAGGUUCCUUACAUAAGCACUCGAUGACACGUAAAAAAACCUACUUCUAUUCUAUUGACAUCUCUGAAGAAAAUGGGACGGCUAUCGAGAAAUCUGUUGCGCUGGACCCCGAAAGUGGUUAUGCGUACUUCCUUGCCAGUAACAAGGUGGUUAGGUUCCCUGUUGACAUCUGCCCCAGGUACAACGACUGCAGGUCGUGCGUGGAGUCAGAAGACCAUCAUGCCGAUUGCGCCUGGUGCGGUACAAACUGCGCUCCUAGAGACGAAUGCGACCACGGAGAACAGAUUUGUCAACCUUCUGUUACGAACGUGAAUCCUCUUCGGGGGUUCCGUGCUGGUGGAACUCACAUCACGGUUGAGGGCAUCGGCUUUUUGCCACUCUAUUACACGGGCGGCAUCGUAACGAAUGUCACGGUAGGGGGCAGGCCGUGCGACGUCGAUUUCCUUAACGAUACCGUAAUUGAGUGCGUGGCACCGGAAGCAAAGGCGGGAGGUCCAGAGGGAAUACUGGUUAGCCUAAAUAGCCCCUAUUAUGCAGAAACUUUCGGAUCAGGCCAGAUACAGAGCGCCAUCGCACCUGACCCUUUCGUGUACCUGGACCCAACCUUCCUCAGUAUGUCUCCAAAAUCUGGUCCGCUGUCCGGCGGAACGCCUUUGACGUUGAUCGGCAAGGACUUGGACGUUGGAGGCACCUGGUUCAUUACCAUCGGUAACGGCAGUUGUUCGAUAGUCAGCAUAGACAGUAAACACAUCACAUGCACGACCCCUGAUAUGAGAGACACGAUGGACCAUCGCGACCGUAUAAGCUUCAGCGUUACGCCGUCUGUCAACGAUACCAUAGUUCCGUACAAGCCUGGAUUCGGAUUGGUCGAGGGUCUGACAUUCACGUUCGUACGAAACCCUGCCUUGUUUUCAGUGAGGCCACACCCAGACAUCGGCACAGCCGAGAAAAAUGUCACUGCUGUGGACAGAGACAAUCCAGUCAUUGUAAUACAGGGACAUAACCUCGACAGCAUCGCCCGUCCGGAAGACGUCAACGUUAAUGUGGGCGGAAAACACAAUGCAUGUCAAGUAGUCAACAUAGAGGUUAAUUCCAUAUCGUGUGUUCUCACGAACCCUGAGGACUUCAAUGACGAUCGGCCGUUUCCAGUGGAGGUGCUUCUAUACGGAAAGAAUUACGCCGUUGGGAUGAUCCGAACGGUCUCUCUAGGCACGACGAGCCUCUGGGCCAUCGUUGGAGGACUUCUCGCACUAGCCGUCGUGAUCUCCAUCAUAAUCGCUGCUGUAGUAUGUGUUCGUAGCCGCAGGAAACGGGCCCUGCGCCACAUCGUUGAGUUCCGCGGCAGGGGAUGUGAUGACAACACUACUGCAGUAAAGAACGCUCUUGCAGAUUAUAUGAGCGUAAAAACUGGCAACACCAGUACGACUAAGCCAGAGGACCUUCCCAGCUGCUUGAUCACGGCUGACACACUGGAGAUGCUGAAGGCAGAAAAGAUCUUAUUCCCACCUGAUGCACUCGACCUGGGUCCGGUCAUCGGCAAAGGGCACUUCGGCUGUGUCUACCGGGGAACAUUGUCUACGCAGAAAAAAGGAGUUGAGAUUCCCGUUGCUGUGAAAACGCUGCGUAAUGCAUCAAGUAGUGAUGACGUGGAAAAUUUUCUGGAGGAAGCGUUACUGAUGAAGGACUUCCAACACGCGAACGUGCUUUCACUUAUCGGGGCCUGCAUAGACACCGAUGGACAAGUCCUGGUCGUGAUGCCUUACAUGAAGUACGGGGACCUUCACUCGUACAUUCGGGACGAUCAAAACGCUCCUACGGUGAAGGACCUAAUUAUGUUUGGUAUCGAUAUUGCCAAAGGCAUGGAAUAUCUUGCAGAGAAGAGAUUUGUCCAUCGAGACUUGGCGGCCAGAAAUUGCAUGCUCUCCGAGGACUUCACUGCCCGCGUCGCUGACUUUGGCCUCUCGCGUGAUAUCUACGAAAGCGAUUAUUACAGCACACAAAACACGAAGGCGAAGCUUCCGAUCAAGUGGAUGGCACCUGAGAGCCUGGAAAAGGGAGUCUACAACCACAAGACCGACGUGUGGUCCUAUGGUGUCGUCCUUUGGGAGCUGCUUACUCGUGGGGUGACUCCAUACCCAGGCGUUGACAACUGGGACACGCUGGAAAUAAUUAAGCGGGGGCGAAGGAUGCAACAGCCAAACUACUGUCCUGAUAUGCUGUACCAAGUCAUGCUGCGCUGCUGGGCUGCAGACCCCAAAACCCGACCGUCCUUCACGUCCCUGGCUCUAGAAAUACCGGAGAUCCUGCAUGUCCUCGAAGAGAAGAACCGGAACAGCCGUGUCAGCCUCACCGUAACGUACGUCAAUUGCCCGGAACAGAGUGCACGUGUGAACGUAGCCUGAAGCGGAUACAACGUCCACCGCCGCGUUGAAGAACAGGAACGUAUAUUCAGGGCUCCCUACUCACUUCUAGCCCACGCAUUAGUUCACGAGUUCAGAGGAGAAUUCUACGUGCCUCGUUCGGACGUGAGACUUCGAACACAUAUGAGGGCCACUUCCGCAUCUUCAUCUUUGUUUUUCUUUUUUCUUUUUUAAUUUUCUAUCAACCAACAAAUAACACCAGUGAAGCGCAUGUGUCCACAAACGUUCAAAUACUUUAUCUUCCGACUCCUAUACCUGCUGCCUAUAUCUACCAAGGUAGAAAUUUGGGGUAGUUGGUACAUAGCCAUGAGUAAAAUCUUGCAGCCAAAGAGAGGACGAAGACACAACGGUAGAAACACACAACAGCGGAACUGCAGACUCUCAACUAAAGGAUUUAGUUGAGAGUCUGCAGUUCCGCUGUUGUGUGUUUCUACCGUUGUGUCUUCGUCCUCUCUUUGGCUGCAAGAUUUUACUCAUGGCUAUAUCUACCCUCCCCUCUCCCCGAGUUGGAACAUGAAGUCUUUGGUUUGUCAGUUCAGUGUCCUGUCUUGAGCUGUCCUUUUAAGUGUCGCCUUGCGCUGAGGUUUUUAUCGAUUUUAAUUUCACACCAAGCAGCCCAACCUUCAAAUUCACGACUCGAGGACACCGCGCAUGCGCCGACUCAGGGCAUCAUCAACGCGCCACAGCAAUGUCAACGACACACACACACACAUAAAGAGACGAUGAUGUGAUGGGGCUGAUGGCGGCCAGCAGGCUGGGCGCUGCCCCAGUGCCAUUUGUAGAUAGUGAGAGAUGAUGAUGGAGAUGAGGAUUCAGGUGAUGAAAGCAGGGUGGAGAGGCCUGUAGGCUGUUGAUGACAGAAAGUCCCAAAGGCGACGGAGAUCUUGUCAUGCCCAUAGUCAUGAUUUAUUUGUUGCUGUUGUUGUUGUUGUUGUUGUCAAAGACAAAGGAAAAUUGUGGUGGUGAAAUCUCGUUGAUAUGAAGACCUCCAGUGCAAAGCCAACUAGCGAGGUUCUGGUCUCCGACCGACCGUCACGCAAGUGUACUUGUUCCAUCUGAUGUGUUCUUGUACAUAUUCGCCACAUACUUGCAUUUACAUAUUUGCAUUUACAUAGCUUUACGAGUGAGUGCCUUGUGUGAGUUUUUUAAAAAUUAGAAUACAGCAAUAGAAUACAGAUUGUUACGUAUGUCCUCAUGUUCCUCUUCUACCACUGGGGUGGCCCAGGGUUCAAACCUCGGCUUUCUCCUUUUCUCGAUAUUUGUCAAUGACCUGCCGUCCAAUGUGAAGCACUGUGACUUUCUACAAUAUUCGGAUGGUAUUAACAACGUUCCAUUGUGUUUGUCCUUGUUGAUGAAAAGGUGAAAAGUUACGGAGUCAAUGUUAUUGUGAAUGAUAUUGAGACCGUUUGGUGCCAGAUUGCGUUGAAUGACAAUAAGACACUGGCUGUUGGUUCUUUUUAUAGACCACCAAGUAGUGACAGUACUGUUAUUGAGAUUCUAAACAAUAUGAUUCUUUCUAUCACGAGUGAUUACUUGUUAUUGUGUUGUGACUUUAACUUACCUGAAGUUAAGUGGUCCGAUGGUGCUGUAGCUUCUUUUCCGCGAAAUGCUUUGUAUACUGAGUUUGCUUCCUUAAUACAAUCUUUCGACUUUAAACUGUUUGUUGAUUUUCCUACACGGUGUACGAUCACGUCACAAAAUAUACUGGACCUGAUAUUGCGCAAGAAUCAUGACAUUAUUAAAUGUGUUGGUACACUACCAGGUUUGAGCGAUCACGAGGUAAUCUUGGCUGGUGUAUUGCCUGUAUUUUCAAUAUAUGAUGUACUCAAAGAGCGUCUCGUUUACCGCUAUGACCUUGGUGACUAUGAGUCAAUGUCUUCGAGACUUUCAGAUUUCUUUCCCCAGUUUGUUGAAAUGUCCAGCAAUACUGACAUCAACUCUUUGUGGAAAUGUUUUCAUUUGUUAAUAUGAGAUUGUAUGCCCCCAGUAAUACUCUUAGUCACAGGCGUGCGAGAGACAAACAGGGAGUUACGCUCACUUAUUAGGAGGAGGAAUGCCUCAUACGUAAAAUAUCGCAAGCAUAAUACCCCUUUUUUAUUAUACUCAAUUCAAAGAACUAAGUGAUCUGUUUAGGGUUACAAUGAACGAAGCGAAACAGACAUUUUUCGAUCGGAUCUGUAAAGACAAAGAUGGAAGAAAUGAAUUUUGGAGGUUCUUGAAGGUGAACAGAAGUGAUACAGCGGGCAUUCCUGACCUUUCAAAUCAAGGGAUGAUUGUAUCAGAUAGCGCUGAAAAAGCUGAGUUGUUCAAUACUUAUUUUUCAUCUGUGUUCCAAGUGGUCGAGCCCUGUACACUCCCUGAUGUCACCCAAUGUAUUAGGGUUUCAAUGCCUCGUCUAUGCGUUAGUUAUGAGGGUAUACUGAACCUAUUGCAGAAUGUAAUUAUUAAAAAAGCAGUGGGACCUGAUGGAAUAUCUCCAGUGAUUAUGCAACGGUGUGCUAAUGUUAUUAAUGUUAUUGCGUCUUAUCUUCUUAUUUUGUACAACAAUUCCUUACGCAGCCAUAUUAUACCUAACGAAUAAAAAGCUGCCAAUGUUGUACCAAUUUUUAAGUCUGGUUCUAGACAUGAUGUUGUUAAUUACCGCCCUAUUUUUCUUCUUUCUGUUUCAUCUAAGAUAUUAGAGCACAUAAUUUACUCAGGCAUUUUCAAGCAUUUGAGUGACAAUAAUUAUUUUUCUGAAGUACA